CCCACUCCGGGAGACAGCCAAUCAAAGUGGCGGCUCGGGUUGUCUUUCUUCCUUCCUUGGUCCCUGUUUUAGCAUUUCAAGCCCUCAUCGCAUUUUUCUCUCCGGUAAUCUCCGUACGGUGCGUUUCAAUCAAUGGCUGCGAAUCGCUGGCUGAGGCCCGAGGUUUAUCCACUGUUCGCGGCCACAGGGGUCGCGAUAGGGAUCUGCGGGUUGAGUCUGUUCCGCCACAUCACCAUCAACCCUGAAGUCAGAGUGAGCAAGGAGGGCAGAGCUGCUGGAGUAUUGGAUAAUCACGCCGAAGGAGAAAAGUACAAAGAGAAUUUCUUGAGGAAAUUUGUCCGCAACAGGGCACCGGAAAUUAUGCCCGCCAUCAACGGUUUCUUCACCGACCCGAAAAAUAAUUGAACUGGUUUGAGUAGCCGGUUAAGAGAAGAAGAUGCCAGAGAUCGAGACUCUGUAACUGCUAUUAGUCGUUGGAGCUUUAGAGGUUGUGUUUAAUUUUUACUUCCUGUGUGGAGGUUAUUGCAUUUGAAAUAAUCGGAGUGAAUGACAAUGUGCACUUGAAUUUAGUUUUAUUUGUGUUGAUUAACUGCC